AUGCGGCUUAUUUUCUUGCUUUCCGUCUUUGUAAUCUUCAACGUGAAUGGAUGUCAAGUGGGUCCCUGUCUCACUAAUCCUCCGUUCACUGCUCCACGGAAUCGUUACCCCGACGUUCGUCCAACUCGUGAUCCUAACCAGCCAAUCCCGCCUGAUGCACAGAAAUGUGGAAGUGAUGAGGACUGUGAACAUGAAUUUAUGGAAAAUGAAGUUGCUUUCUGUGAUAAUGGAUACUGCAACAAUUACGUUCCGAGGGGGUAA